UGCAGACCCAGAGUUUUAUAACAGAGAAUUUAAAUAUAUUUUACCAUACAAGUCGGUUCGAGACUCCUUCCGGCUGAGCGACAGAGGGGAGAUAACUCUUUGGCGAGCGCCCCCUGACAUCUUGAAUGAGAUGGAGUUCAAUGUGGAGGCGGUGGACUCGGGAUCUCCGCCACUCACAGGACACACGCUGGUACACAUCACCAUCAGUGACUUCCAACAGCCGUCUGCGUUUUGUUUCGCCACGGACCGACACAGCGUGACCAUAUGCUGGCAGAACUCCAUGCGGGGGCGACACAUCCGGGGCUUCAAGGUCGAGGUGGACGGCAGCAUACACGAGGUUGCUAACGUCGCCGGGGACAUUGACGCCCAGGAGCUGUGUUACACCGUGAAGGGGACGCAACUCGGACAUAUUUACUACUUCAGGGUGUCAGUGACGUCGUCAGUGACGUCGUCGCAGCCGGAUGAGAUCGUGCAGCUCAUGCUAAACACUACUGGGAUAGGUUUUACACCAGAAUGUUUGCAUUACGGAUUUGACGCCUGCAACUAUCUCAAGCCCUGCUCCAAUGGCGGACAGUGCCAGAAGCAGGGCACGGCGGCUUUUUCCAUCAACUACCAGUGCGACUGCCUGUCUGGGUGGAAGGGCAAAAACUGCACGUCACGCGACGUCUGCCACGACAAUCCGUGUCGCAACAACGGCAGCUGCACGUACAUCUCCCAUCAGCAGUACAACUGUAGCUGCGUCGACAACUUCAUCGGCUCAGACUGUCAGAUGUACAACGUGUGUUCUCAGUUUCCUUGCAAACAUGGCGGCCAGUGUUCCAUGGUGGCAGACGGGAAGUAUUCUUGCGCAUGCUCGGAUCAAUAUUCUGGUCAGAACUGUGAAGUGUUGGAUCCGUGCAAAACGGGUCCGUGCAUGAAUGGCGGCGCGUGUUCGAGAGUCAGCGACACCGAGUUCCACUGUCAGUGCUCGCGAGGAUUCUAUGGAAAAGUCUGUAAUGAAAUGAAUCCGUGCCUUUUGGAAAAUAUCUGUGAUAAGAACGGAACGUGCGUCCACACUGGAAACAACACCUUUAUCUGCGAGUGUCCUCCCGGAUCAACGGGUGAACGCUGUUCCAAGUUCGACCCUUGUUCUAUCAAAGGACUGUGCAGCAAUAACGCCACCUGUUACCUCAAGGACACGGGUACGUUAUACGGGUGCCGGUGCCUCCCCGGAUAUUACGGAGGCGAGUGUCAGCACUACGACAGGUGUUACGGAGUGGACUGUGGAAACGGCACCUGUGAGUCCAAUGCUGGGGAUAUAUCCUGUAAGUGUCAGCGUGGAUACUACGGCACUAAGUGUGAAUUCGUGAAUGCUUGCUUGGCGUUAGAUCCAUGUGGCAACAGAGGGCGCUGUGAAAACACCACUGGUUCUGGGUACGUCUGCCACUGUCUAGGCGAGCUGUACGGACCCAACUGCACGAAGAUCAACAGCUGUAAGAUCGUGAAGUGCCAGAACGGGGGGACGUGCGUCAGUUCCGAGCCCAACAUGUACAGAUGUAGAUGCCCAGACGGUUACUACGACGAACAAUGCGGAUCUUACAACCCUUGCGUUACCUCCCCUUGUAAACAUGGCGGCGUGUGCACCAACACGUCAUCGUCUGUUUAUUCGUGUACGUGUUCUGGGGCUUAUUUCGGGACAAAUUGCGAACGUCGUGAUCCGUGUUUCCAAACCCCGUGUCUGAAUGGUGCCACGUGCACGAACGUCACGGACGAUGAUUUCGAGUGCCGCUGCACGCCAGAGUUCGCGGGGCGGACGUGUCACGUGCCCAAUCCGUGUCUGAGCAGCCCGUGCAAGAACAGCGCCGUCUGCUCGACGGUGAACACGCUCGGAAGCAGCGACCACGUCGGGGUGAACUGUUCCUGCAGCGAGCGAUUCACAGGGGAGUUCUGUGAGACUCGGGUCCACCCCUGUGUACUUGCUCGCUGCUCCCCUGGAAGGAAGUGUAUUGCGACGGGAGACGAGUCUUACGAGUGUGUAUGUGCUAACCACUCGCCCAGACCAGACUGCAAGCCAGUGUGCCCUGCGAAGAACGAGUCUCUCGAGGAAUACGGACUCUAUGAAUGGCCGGAGACUCUGGCUGGAGGCAAAGCAAACAUCACGUGUUACCACGAAUCUUUGUCACCCGCUACAGAGGUCCAUGCGGUCAAGUAUUGCAUAGGAAAUAACAACUGGACUGUCACAGAUAUUCGAGAGUGUCCAAAGGAAGGUCUACUAGAAGCGUUUCGAAAGUUGAACGAGCUGAAGAAUUUGACCUCUGACCCAUCAAACUUGAAAGCUGAUCAGGUGUCAAACUUCACCACCAUACUGGAAGAGGUGUUCAAAUUCAGCCUUGAAGAAAAGCAGAUCGCACAAAGCAUCGUACAGGUGGUGAGUAACCUGGUGGACGUCAAUGUGUCGGUCACCGUGGACAGUAAUACCGAGAACAGGACAAGCGAAAGAAUGUUCUAUCUUCUGGACAACUACGCAGCCAGUGUUCCGAGUGAUGUGUCCAUCUCCACAGAAAACAUCAACAUUUCUGCCGUAGACGUCAGUUACCACAGCGUGCACGACGUCAUAGAGUUUGCUCCUACACUAGUAGACGGCAACCAAACUGUUGAUGCUGGGAUCUCCAUCGAACUGCCGCGAGAAGUCUUGGAGAAGGCCGCCGAUGUCUCCGGGUCACCCACUCGAUUGCAGUUCAUUGGAUUUCGAAAAGCAUCAUUCUUCAUACCCAGCAAUGCCGACCCCAACGACAUACCUGAACAGAGAGUCAUAUCAGCGUCUGUGAGACGUGGUCGUAUUGUGGGCCUCAAACACUCAGUCACGUACAGGGUGAAACAUUCACGGCUGGGACGAAAUGCAAGUUGUGUCUUCUGGAACGUCUCAACGAAGUCCUGGUCACCUGACGGCAUUGUUACAUUGACGACUGAUGACAAUACAACCGAAUGUCAGACCAAUCACUUGACCAGCUUUGCUGUUGUCAUGGACCCUAAUCCACAGAGUGAAAAGUUACCAGGAAUCCACGAAGACAUCUUGAGCACAAUUUCGUACAUCGGAAUCGGCAUCUCGCUCAUCUCUCUCGCCAUCACGAUCCUCACAUACGGCUUAUUCAGGACCUUGCGUAACGAGAAAUCCGGAAAGAUCCUCCUCAACCUGUGUACGGCGAUGUUGCUGAUGGACGUGUCCUUCCUGCUCGGUACGCCCAGCUACUACUCCGGCGCCGGCCUCUGCACGACAGUGGCGGUGCUGCUGCACUACUUCCUGCUGGCGACGUUCAUGUGGAUGUUGUUGGAGGCGUUGGAGAUGUACCGCGCUCUCGUCACCGUCUUCGCCAAAUACGCCAGGUGGUACAUGAUGAAGCGCGCUAUUGCAGCCUGGGGAGUUCCACUAAUUAUCGUGGGGAUAACUCUCGGGAUCGACUUAGAACAUUACAAGCCAAAACGAGAUUUCUGUUUCCUGUCGCAAGGCAGUCAGAUCGCCUACUACACUUCGCUGAUGGCGCCCUGCUGUUUCGUCAUCAUCACCAACACCAUCGUCUUCAUCCUCGUGUCUCGCGUCAUCAUUAAACCGCGGUUCCAGCAGACCACCAGAGGGGAGGGCAGCGUCACGCCAGCUCAGUUCAGGGGCGCCUUCACCGUCAUGAUCCUCCUCGGGGUCACGUGGGUUUUCGGUCCGCUGGCCAUAGAAGGCGUCACGAAACUGGUGUUCAAUUACUUGUUCUGUUUCCUCAACACCUUCCAGGGGUUCUUGAUAUUCAUCUUCAGGUGUGUCUUCAACCCAGAGGCCAGACUCUGCUGGGUUCAGCUCGUAAAGACCGGCACGCUGAAGCGCAAGCGAGGACCCAUCAAAUCGGUGUAUUCAGAAUACUCGUCUAAGGGAGACAACUCCAAGUCAAGACCCAACGGUUCCUACGUUCACGCGGGGACGCUGAAAACCAACAUGGGGCACUCGAACGGGUGGCACCCUCAGCUUAAUGGCAUACCGCACGAGAACGGCAAACCGAGAAAGCAAUCGGAGAUGUUCACGCUGGACUUAAAUAGCAGAGAGUCUGAUAAUUUCUCGACAAAAGCGGACAUUUAUCAGCUGAAGGACGAGGACAGAGAUUCAGAGGAGUGCUACACUCACUUGUGACCCAGUUUACUGUGAGAGUUUUGUCGUCUGUACAGUUUGUUAAAUUUCACAUCAAGGUGUACUUUUUUCUUGUUGAGCCAGAGGGUGGAUACUAUUUUGGUUAUCUCCCCUGCCUGUGAAUGGUAGCAGUGAAUGCAGAUAAAUGCAGUACAGUGUAUAUCUGUCCUGGGAAGACUAUUCAAAGGAAGAUGGACUGUGUGCCCAGAACAGGGCACCGUCUUACGAAGCGAUCUUAGCGCUAAGAUCAUCUCAAGUGCAUUUAGGUAGUUGUGUACUUAGUUGAUUUUAGCGCCAAGUUCGCUUUGUAAAUCGGGGUCCAGGGCCCCAUUCCACGAAGUGAUCUUAGCCUUAAGAUCACCUUAAAUGCAUAACUGAUGUAUGCACUUAAGGUAAUCUUAGCGCUAAGAUCGUUUCGUGGAACGGGGCCCUGAUGUUAUUGAACCUUAAGUGUACGUAAACAGGUGUGUAAUGGUUGCUUUGAUUCCCCUGUGUGCACUGCCCCCUGGUUAUAUUUGUCUGAACGGCGGGACUUAGCCAAGGUGGACUGCCUGAACCUCAACUGGAUGUAAAACAAUUUUCUUGUGCAGUUUGUGAAAAACAUUUCGGUUACCUCCCUUGUUUAGAAUCCAUAUUACAAUGUGCAUUAUUAUGAUCGAUGGUAAAAUCAGGACCGUAAUUUAUGUGCGCUGAAAACAGGUAACUCGCUAUAAGUUUGCUAACAACAAUGUGAUAACUAGCAGCUGCACAUCUUACUUACGAGGGGCGGAACGUAGCCCAGUGGUCAAGCGCUCGCCCAAUUCACGGUCGGGCUGGGAUCGAUUCCCGUCGGUGGGCCCAUUGAACUAUUUCUCGUUUCAGCCAUUGCACUACGACUGGUAUAUCAAAGGCCUUAAUACGUGCUAUCCUGUCCCUUGCUACUAAUUUUGGUGGAUGUAAUCAUGGCGGAUGCGACUGUAUUACCAAUACAAAUUAUGGAUUAUGAUUUUUCUGUUGAUUGUGGGACUAAAUGUUCAGUUUUCAGGGUACUGUUCCACGGGUAUAAAGCAAAUACCCCUCGCGAUGACCUAAUACUUUGACCCACGCUGUCUGUCAUAUACACAGUUAGGCAGUUACCUUAAGCAGAUCAAAACAAGAUCAGCUUUAGGGUUGCUUCCACUAAAUUAAUUUCUGUAGACAACAAUGUGGCUAAAGCAGCUACAUGCAGUAAUCAACAUAUAUCACAGGUACAAAUCAAACAACACCUCGCCGGCCUCGGUAGUGUAGUGGUUAAGCUGGCAGAUACUGGGUUCGCCGCCCAGUACCGCCGCCCACCCAGAGCGAGUUUACCGACUCGGUGGGUAGGUGGAAGAUCACUACAUCGAAGUCUCUCUUACUAAUAACUAACUAACAACUCACUGGCCUGGAGAGCGUAGUUGUGUGUCCAGGACAGCGUGUAUGAACCUAAUUGGACAUAAGCACAAAUAUUACUAGAAAUGGAUUGCAACACUUCGCUGCUAGAACUAAUCGAACGGAAUGAGGGCCGAAAUUGCUUGUUUCUGAUAUACGUAUAGCAAAACUAGUCGUUGUCUACAUUUUAAUUCCAGUGGCACCCCUCACCAGUUUCAAACACAGUAGUACCCAGUACAACAAAUGUAAACAUUUAUUAACAAGUCCUGUCAACCAUAUCACCAAUGACAGGCGUGGCAGUACUCAGCGUUCUUGUUAAUUGACGCUUUGAACUUUGACCCGGUGAAAUGCCAUUUGGUUUAGAGAUACCUUUUGGUGACAUUUAAAAAAAAUAUUUAGGACAACGCCCGUCUCAAGCUACUUAAUACUGUGCAAAUAAAAUACUUAAUAAUAUUAGAAAUAAUAUGUUGAUACACGUUUAACGUUCGAACACACGUUUUCUCAUAUCCUAUAUAAGAUUCGUUGCUGAAGAGAUGAACAAUUAAGACUCCCAAAUAUACACUUGUUUAACUUGUCACUUUUGUGAUUUUUCUCCUGCGUGGUACAAAGGUGUAAUUUGGAGACAUUUGACAAAACAAAAUAUGAACAAUUUCUAGCCAUUUUAUAUAUUUUUGAAGUAAUAAUGAAAAUGCUAAAAUAUCGUGCAUCAGUAUUAACUUUUGCAUCAUACAUCAUAAUUUUAAAGAUAUAUAUAUAUAUAUACAUGUGUGUGUGUGUGUGUGUGUGUGUGUGUGUGUGUUAUAGAGGGGGAGAGGGAGGGAGUGAGGGUGUGUCCGUGUUGUGUAUAUUUGUGAAAUGCAUUUGGAAAUUAGAUCCAAGUUAUUCAUAUUAUGUUAUCGUUAGUGACAUUGCAUUUAAAUAAAGUGUCACAUACUACAUCUUAUUAUGUGGCAUAUUUCAUUUACAAGUAAUAUUACAUACUGCAUUUAAAUAAAGUGUCACAUACUACAUCUUAUUAUGUGGCAUAUUGCAUUUACAAGUAAUAUUACAUAUUGCAUUUAAAUAAAGUGUCACAUACUACAUUUUAUUAUGUGGCAUAUUGCAUUUACAAGUAAUAUUACAUACUGCAUUUAAAUGUCAUGUGACUACAGCAAUUUAAUAUAUCACGUUUCAUAUUUCAAUUACAUUUGGAUAUAGCUCACAUUUCAAAUACAUGUUUACAUUGUAUUUUAUAGUAUCUGGUAUACUGCAUUUAAUUAUCACCAGACUACUGAUUUCUCUAUCAUCUGACUACUGCAUUUUACUAUGUGAUAUCUUACGUUUCAGUAAACAUUUAACUUAUUGUAUUUUAAUAAAUGACAUACUGCAAAUAUAUACCAUGUGACAUUGCAUUUAAAUAUUUAAAUAUCGUUGUUCACAAUGACAGUAUACGUUAAUGUUGUUCUCGUGCAUUGAGAACACUAGUUUGGAAGGAGUCGUAUAACGUAUUAAUUAGAUUGUAUUAAAUAUAUUCCAAUUAUGUAUAGAGUGGAUUGUUGUUUUAUGGAUCAUGUGUAUAUAUUAUCUUAUAAAUGUUUUCAACAAAAACUAA